GCAGAGCAAUCGUUUGGCAGCAACCAGCAGGCCACGCCUGCUGAGAAGGGAGGAGAUCGAGAAGACCCCGAUCUAUAUGUCAACUUCACCUCUAGCUCUUGAAUCUAUGGAAGCUCAGCCAUCUAGAAGCUACAGCUCUACAGAGCAUUUAUCCCUUCGGUUGCAAAUCUACCCUGUUGACCUUCAAGGAGGACUAAGCCCCUGCUAAGAUCUCCAGGACCUUCAACCAGCAUGAGAUUUCCAUUUUUAUGGCCUUGGCACAUGGUUACCCUGUUCUUGAUUCUCCAAGUCAUCUCCAUCAAGGCCUUCAGCCAUGCCACUUGCAACCCUAACUCCACCUCACUUGACGUUGGGGUCCUACCAGCUUUCUUUCAGCCCCUGCUCCCUCCUGAAGGCCUCCGGGGCCUUUGGGUGAAGGUGAAGCCCUUGAACCCCUACCAUCGCAUCCAAGGGCCACCUCCGUCUUCGACCCUCCUUGUGGUCCUCUUCCGUCAACACAAUUGCUCUUUCUCCAAGAAGAUCCUUCACGCCCAACAAGUGGGCUCCCACACCGCCAUCGUGCACAACGUGAGUUCCCAGAUGCUGGAGAACAUGGUGAGUGAGCCAGGCGCCAAGUGGCACCUUCACAUCCCAGCCGUGUUCUCCGCACAAGAGACAGCAAAAAUCCUCAAACAUCUUCACCGCUCUGGGAAAUCUCUUCUCGCCCUCCCCAGGCGCGAACAUUUUCAUUUCGCCUGGAAAGUUGCUUCCACGACUUCGGACCGUCUCGAGGUGGUCCGAAGUCCCUGCCAGUGUCUCCUCCAGCCAGCUGGCUUUUGCUGCCAGAUUGCCAUGUUCUACACCUGUUGGAUUGUCUGCCUUACCGUGUCCGCCACCUUUAUUGCCAUGAUGCUGACGGAGCACUAUCUAUCCUGGAGCAAAAGAAAGAGGAAGAACCGUUGCCUUCUCCGACAACACGAGAAGGAACCUGUCCAUAUUUCCUUGACCGGCUCCAAAUACCAAGAAUGCGCCAUUUGCUUAGACCGCUACAUGCAGUACGACGGUGUGAAGGUGCUCUCGUGUUCCCACGCCUUUCACAGCCGGUGUAUCGACCUCUGGCACAUCACCCAAGCCAGGAAUAAAACCUGUCCUCUCUGCAUGCAGAAAGUCAUGGUGGUCACCCAUCUGAUGGCGAUGAGGUUAUGGCAACAAGAGAAAUCGGUGGGACGUUGCGAGCUGACCGAGAACAAGCCAUAUCCAACCUGCAACCACAUCUCCUGUUGGCAGAACCACGCUGUUCCCAUUUCUGAAAAUUAACCCCAAAGGGAAAAAAAAAAGGCCAGGGGAACCCAACAAGAAGAUCAAGAAAGAAGACCUCAACAGCGAUCAAAGUAAGCUGGUUUCCUGGAGAAUGUUUAUUCAGAAACACCUUUUGAGCUUGGACAACCAGACAGAAUUGUCCUCCUGGGACCAUCCCGGCUACUGAAAAGCCACCGGCCGACUCAAAUAGAGGAGGAUAGAGAAGAAGGAGUACACCAUGGGUGAGGUGGUGGUGGAGGACAUCUUUAGAACAUCUAUGCCCAAAGGGCGGUGGCUCAAAAUGAGAUAUAACCUUAAUAAUUCUGGUGAUAAUGAAUGAGCCUUGUGAUGUGCGCCAAGACAUUACAGAGAAAGUGUUUAUUUA